CGCUGGGGGGGGCAUGGGGAGGCUGCCCGGGGCGGCGGAGCCAUGGAGCCCACGGGACCGCGGGAGCCGUCGCUGUACACGGUGAAGGCGCUGCUCAUCCUCGACAGCCGCGGGCAGCGGCUCCUGGCCAAGUACUACGACGGCAGCUUCCCCACGGCGCAGGAGCAGGCGGCCUUUGAGAGCAGCAUCUUCAGCAAGACCCGCGGGGUGGGCGGUGAGAUCGCCUGCCUGGAGGGACUCACCGUGGUCUACAGGAGCAGCAGCGACCUCUUCUUUUACGUGGUGGGGGGCCCCCAGGAGAACGAGCUGAUGCUGUCAGCCGUGCUCAGCUGCCUCUGCGACGCCCUCGGCCUCCUGCUGCGGAAGGACUUGGAGAAGCGCUGGCUGCUGGAGAACAUGGACGGGGCCUUCCUGGUGGUGGACGAGAUCGUGGACAGGGGGGUGAUCCUGGAGAGCGACCCGCAGCGCGUGCUGCAGCGCCUGGGCCCGCGGGCCCCCGAGCCCGCGCCCUAUGGCUUCGUCCUCCUCGACUACCUGGCGGGCAGCCGCGAGCAGGGGGGCGCGGGGGGCGCCGACCGCCACUAGAAGCGCCCGGGGGCUGCAGGUCCCCGGCAGCGGCCCCCCGGCAGCUCCCAGCCCCGGCACC